AUGACUCUGAAAGAUACUUACAUUUGGAUAAAGUUGGGUGUCCAGCGUUCAGUACAAACAAUAAAGAAUUUGUUCAAUGAAGAAGGUGACUUGUCGUAUUUGCUUGAGGAAUUCAACCUGAUACAGAAAGAAGAAGAUGGAACUGACUUCAAGAAGGAAGCCAAGAAGCACUUUGGUGACAUAAUCAACAGAUUUCAGUUGAAUGAGGACGAAAGCUCUAAGUUUGUCGAUUUUGCGAUUGCUAGUUGUCAAUUCAUCAACUAUAAGGGAAAGAAGUUAGAUAGUAAUGUGUCAGUUCCUUUGGGAAGAGCGAUAAACAACUUCAUACGUCGGCUUCAUGCAAAUGCCAGAAAUGUGUGCAACAACGACAUCGUGUUUGAAGAGAAAAUCGCCAAUAUUAUCAACUUUCACAUCAUGAACAGGUUUGGUGUUGAAGUGUUGAGCUUGGAAAAUGACACCUCUGCUCAAGAAGAAAGAGGAAAAGAAGGAUCCACUCAUAAACCAAACCCCACAUAUUUCAAAACAAUUGACAAAAAGUAUGCAGGUCAUUUUCGAAGUCAAGACCGGAAUUUGAGUAGUUUGGGACAAACCAAAUUGAUGUAUUUUGAUAAAAAAGACAGCGGAAUAGUCCAACUUCCAGUAUGGGAAUUGAGACCGAGUGUUGAGAGCAUGUUCGAAUCAUUUAUGAGAUACACGUAUUUCAAUACAUAUGCUUCCCUAGUUGGCGCGUUAUCGACAGCUCAACAAAAAUACUCAAUUGGUGGUCUGUAUGUAAGACCGGACGUGGUUUUGCACUUCCCACACGUAUCAGUUCCAAUUGAAUUAAAAAUAAUCAAGGUAGGGAAUUUCUGGGACCUUGACACGGAAGAACAUAAAGCCAUAGUUACACAAAUAUUGCUUUCCAUGUUAGCAAUGAAUUCCAACACGGGAUUCAUUUCUAAUCUAGUAAAGUUUGUCAGGGUCACUGUUACAGACACGGCGGAUUCAGACAAAUUGUCUGGAUUUCACAUCAACUUUGACAUAUCAGAAGGGGACACCAAUACCAUCGGUAAACUUCAUCUUUCUUUAGAGGAGACAAUGCCUCAACAAUUGAGCGAGGAGUUAAAGGCUAAGCUUGAAAGUGAAUUGAUUAUCGGCAAUUGA